AUGGCCGAAGAAUUGGAAUAUGAAGACGGUCCCGAUGAAGAAGGAAAUUAUUUCAAGAGACCAGGAAAGCCUUCAGACUAUCUGCCAGCUCCAUACCCAAAUGAAGAAGCCGCCCGUGCAAGUAACGCCGGUGCACUUCCCCCUGAUCUUUCAUUGAUAACCAAGGCUCGUCAUGGUGGUGCCGACUAUAUAUUUUCUCUUCUAACUGGAUAUUAUGAUCCACCAGCCGGUGUUGAAGUUCGCGAGGGCUUAUAUUAUAAUCCAUAUUUCCCCGGUGGUGCGAUUUCUAUGGCUAGGGCUUUAUUCGACGGAUUAGUCGAAUAUGAAGACGGUACUCCUGCUACCACAUCCCAGAUGGCUAAGGAUGUAACAACCUUCCUGUCUUGGGCAGCUGAGCCCGAAUUCGAUGAACGUAAAAAAAUGGGUGUAAAAGCUGUGAUAUGCGCCGCCACAUAA